AUGACUUCACCCCGAACCUAUCGCGCUCUCGGCCUGACCCUGCGCCGAUCGCCGGUGCGCGAAGCCGAUCUGUUGACCGUGGUGUACACGCGCGAGCAGGGCAAACUGGAAUUGCUGGCACGCGGAGCGCAACGCCUGACCAGCAAGCUGAUGGGCCAUCUCGAACCCCUGACCCUGGUCCGGGUGUCCGUGGCGCACGGCCGUUCCAUGGACCAGAUCACCGAAGCCGAGGUGGUCGACGCUUUCCCUGCCGUCAAGAACGGAUACGAGAAUGCGGCGCGCGGGCUGUACGUCGCCGAGCUCAUCGAUGGAUUCAGCGCUCUUUCCGUCGCCAACGCGGAACUGUUCAACCUUGCCGUGGAGACCCUGGAGGCGCUGGGUACGGAGAGAAACGCCGAUCUCGCGCUGCGAUACUUCGACCUGCAGCUGCUCAGAUCGUCCGGUUUCAUGCCCGAACUCUACAUUUGCGUGGAAUGCGGCGAGGAACUGGAACCCGACCGCCACCGUUUCGCCGUCGGGGCCGGCGGAACCCUCUGCACCGAAUGCGGCCCGAUUGACGUGGUGGUGCGGCCGCUGUCGUUGCCGGCUUUGAAACUGCUGCGGCUGCUGGAUCGUACGGAGUCCGUCGCGGCGCUGCCGGAGUUAGCGGUUCCCCCUCCGUUGGAGCGUGAGGUGCGUGAGGCGCUGACCGCGACUUUGCAGUACUGGCUGGACCGCAGAGUGAGGUCUCAGGAAUUUUUAGAAACCGCAAAAUUUGCCUGA